GAGAAGCCGCAGUAUUUGUCGCAUGCCUAUUUCUUGUAAAAUACUCAAUCACAACUUUACGACUCGCGUACAAUAACUUCCGCUAUCAUACAGGCAUGGCGGAAAGACGAAAAAAGCAAAAGAGAAAAGAUGAGGGGGAGUCAGAAAAGCCCACAAAAGAAGAAUAUGCUGUGGGAAAAUAUCUUCGUUUUAACGUCCCCUGUAAAGAAGGCAAGCUGAUGGGAAUGGAUGUGAAAUAUUUCAUAGCAAAAGAUGCAGUGGAUAAACUUCUGGACUCCAAAUGGACCAAAGGAGACGAUGCAUUGUUUACAACGAGAGAGUCUUGUGUAGACUAUUGCCAUAACUUGCUGAUGAAGGGCAUGUUCCACCGUGCUGCUAAGGUGGAGAAGAAAGACAAAAAGAAGAAAAAGAAGGCGUUGGAAAGUGGAGAGGACACUGGACUGGAUGAGGAAAAGAAAUCAAAGAAAAAGGGAAAGAAAGAAGCAGAGGAAGACAAAGAAGGAAAGAAAGGAGAAAAAGAGAAGACAGAGGAAUCCAAGUCCUCAAAAAAGAAAAAGAAAGCUGAAAAGGAGGAAAAAGAAGAGAAAGAGAAAAAGAAGGAUGGAGAGAAAGAAAAGAAAAAAAAAGAAAGAAUUAUAAAACUUCAUGUGGACGACAUAGAUCAGAUGUUUUUGGAUGGGGAUGAAAUGUAUGUCUGGGUCUACGAUCCUGUCUCUCCGAAAACAUUCAUCAUUGGUCUUUUAUUGGGUGAGUUUAGAAAACAUUCAUCAUUGGUCUUGCGUGCCAUCUUGUUUGGGAUAAUCUGGGCGGUGACUUUUGGACACCAUCAUCUGUGGAUCUUGCCUAACUUAACCGAGGAUGUCGGCUUCUUUGACUCUUUUAAACCUUUAUACACAUACGAAUACAGACCAGCAGUGAAAACAGGAGAUUCAGAUGGAAAGAAAGAGCAGAAGGACAAAUCAAAAGAAAAAGAAUCAGAUAAAAAGACUGAAAAGAAAAAGAAAGAGAAGUCUUCAGACAAGGAGGAAGAAAGUGAAGCCGACUCCAAAAAGAUAGAUGGCGCUGGUAGUAAUGAGGAGCCGGAGGAGGAGAGUGGGUCUGGGUCAGAAGGAAAAGAGAAUGGUUUUGAGGUAGUGGACAAGGAGGAAGUCACAGACAGUGACAAGGAGUAGACUUACACAGUGGCAUUUUAUUUUACA